AUGGAAAAAGCAGCACCAAUGAACCAGGCAGAACGCGAUGCCCUCGACCUCGCAGCUCUCGGCCAUACCGAGGGUCUCUCCCGUAAAUUCAGCAUGCUGAGCAUGCUGUCUCUCGCCUUUUGUAUUCUGGGCACCUGGGCUGUCUGCGCCCAGAGUCUCGCCACCGGAAUUCAGAAUGGCGGACCAGUGACUUGUCUAUGGGGACUUGUUCUUGUCACACUAUGCAACGUCGCCAUCGCCAUGUCGCUUGGCGAGAUGUGCUCUGCCAUGCCAACAGCGCUUGGACAAGCGUUCUGGGUGGGAAAGCUAUGGAAGACGGCAACUGGACGGUUUAUGAGCUACAUCACAGCUUUUAUCAGUGUCAUCGGAUGGUGGUGCCUUUCCGCCUCACAGGUCGCUUUCAUGGCCGAGUUCGUUCUAUCCAUGAAACUUAUGUUCGACCCCGAGUGGACAGGAAUGAAUAAUGGCUGGGUUCUCUUCCUAGUUUACACAGGAAUCAACAUCCUGUUCACCUUUGUUAACUACGUUGGAUGCCGCUCAGAAAAGUUUCUCCCCUAUUUCAACAACUUCGUCGCCGUUGGAUUUGUCGGACUCUUUGUCGUCUUUUGUCUCGCCCUUCCCAUCCUAGUCGGAACGAAAGCAGAUCUCGAAUAUCAACCGGCCAAAUUCGUGUUUGGAGCUUGGAUCAACGAAACAGGCUGGAGUGAUGGUGUGGUUUGGUUUCUGGGGCUUGUUCAAGCUGCAUAUGCUUUGACUGCUUACGACUCUGUCAUCCACAUGGUUGAAGAGAUCCCGGCACCUCGACGAAACGCUCCCAGAACUAUGGUCAUGGCUAUUGUCAUGGGUGCUAUCUCAGGUUUUAUGUUCCUGGUAGCUUGCCUAUACUGCAUCCAAGACCUCACUACAACGCUAGAUCCUCCCUCAGGCUUCCCCUUUAUCGAACUCGUCCAGAACAUCGUCGGUCUCAAGGGGGCUGCUGUUCUGAUCGCCCUAUUCACAUUCAACGGUUUUGGCCAGGGCAUCUCGAUUGUCACAUCGGCUUCGAGACUUACCUGGAGUUUUGCCCGUGAUCGGGGUCUUCCCUACGGAGACUAUUUCUCCCACGUUGAUCCCUACUGGCAAGUCCCUGCACGAUCUUUGAUUCUCCAGGGAGCGAUUAUCAAUAUCAUUGGCCUCCUGUACCUCUUCUCAAGUACCACUCUUUCAGCCAUCUUGAGCGUAAGCACCAUUGCUCUGACAAUUUCAUACGCGAUCCCCAUCGCCGUGUUGAUAGCCGUUGGCCGGGACAAGUUGCCUUCUGGAGGAGAAUUCGGCUUGGGCAGAUUUGGACCAGCGCUGAACAUUAUUUCCAUCGUAUAUACUGUCAUCACGACUGUGUUCUUCUUCUUCCCAGGAUCGCCUAACCCGGCCAUAGCGGAUAUGAAUUUCGCUAUUGCUGUGUUUGGAAUCAUGCUGAUUAUCGCCCUGAUUUUUUGGGUUGUCAAGGGCCGUAAAACUUUCCUGAAAAUCGAAGACUUGUCCGAUGAUGUGCUUUAUGGUCAAGGGGAGGAUGAUCAGCCAAGACCAGUGGAUUUCUCUGAAAAGAGAUGA